UCUAUCUCUCUCUCUCUUUUGAAGGAAGGAAAGGAAGGAAAGGAAGGAAGGAAAGGAAUGGAAUGAAACUGGGAGGGUUGCAAGAAAAGAAAAGUAGCAUAGCUAGCAUGCUUAAUUCCUAGUUAUAAUUAAAGAAGGGUUUUAAUUGGAGCUCUAUGCUCAAUUACAAUACCAAUACCAAUUAGGCAUCCACUCUUUUAAUUUGGUAAGAGUUAAUUAAUUAGCCACACCUGCGCGCGCUCCUCUAUUUGCUUUAUUUUUUAUUUUCUGUUACAAUCCGGUCGGUUACAGAAAGAGAAUUAUUUUGAUGAUGGAGUUGAUGCAAGGAUUGAAAGGGUAUUCUGGGGAUAGCAGGGAAGAAGAGGAAGAGGAAGAAGAAAUAAUCGCAAUCACAGGAGAAGAAAGCAGGUUACAGUUAGAGAAGUUGCAGCAGCAGCAGCAGCAGGAAGAAGAUGUGGGAAAUGAGCAGCAGCAAGAGGAAGAGGAGGAGGAGGUAGAUAUGAUGGAGUUGAGACUGGGAGGGAGCAAGAGCAAGUGCAGGGAGGAGGAGGAGGAAGAAGAAGAAGAAAUAAUAGUGGAGAAAGAGCACAUGUUUGACAAAGUGGUGACGCCGAGUGACGUAGGGAAACUGAACAGACUUGUGAUACCAAAGCAGCACGCAGAAAAGUACUUUCCACUGGAUUCUUCAUCGAACGAGAAAGGUCUACUUCUGAAUUUCGAAGAUCGGAAUGGGAAGAUGUGGAGGUUUAGGUAUUCUUAUUGGAAUAGUAGCCAAAGUUAUGUGAUGACAAAAGGAUGGAGCCGUUUUGUUAAGGAGAAGAAAUUGGAAGCAGGUGACAUUGUUUCAUUCCACCGUGGGCGUGCUCAAUUGUACAGACAUAGGUUGUACAUAGAUUGGAGGCCAAGGUCUAACUCACACUCACACUCACACUCUCACUAUCAUCAUCCACUUCUCCCUCCAAACUAUCAAUAUCAAUAUCAAUAUCAAUAUCCAUAUCCAAAUUCCAAUACCUCGCUCAUCACAGUUCCUUUCUAUCUUCCACCGCAUCACUACUCAUCAUCUUCAAGAUCAUUAUACUCUUCCCACCCUCCUCCUAAUUACGCCACGCUUCCUCCUAAUUAUCAACAUCUCAACAACACUAAUAAUUUCUAUACCCUUCAACCCCAACCACACCGCAACCACUACCCUGCACCUGCUCCUCCCGAUCAAUUCUACUAUCUGACGUCACCAUCAACAACGGGGCAACAACAAGGGAAUAAUAAUAAUAAUAUGAUAAUUGAUUCUGUACCGGUUGCUCAUCACCACCGCGGUGGCGGCAAUACAGGAGGAAAACGGUUGAGGCUAUUUGGGGUGAACAUGGAAUGUGGCGCAUCAUCGUCAUCAUCUUCAGCAGCAGCACACGUGUCAACAACAACAAUGUCUGGGUCUGGAGAUGAGAGAGGGGAAACUUCAGUGCUGUUUGAUUUGGAUCCCUCAAAUUCGCAGUAUCGCCACCAAAGAAACUAACUGGCAGGCAGGCAGCAGGCAGGCAGGCAGCCAGGAAGAAAGAAAGAAAGAAAGAAAGAAAUUGGCAUCAUUUUGUUUCCAAGUUUGUUAGUUGGGCUACUUUAAUUUGUCCAGGCUACCUAGCUUCCUACAUUCUCUUUUGCACCAUUUUUAUUUUUUCUUUUUAUUUUGGAUACAUAUUUCAACAAUCAGCCCCCAAGCUUUUUUCUUCUUAAUUUAUUUUAUUUUAUUUUAUUUUAUUCGCAUCAUCUUUACCUUCUUCAUACUAGUACUACCUUUUAAAGCGUUAAUUAAUUCAAGUGAUCCAGAAUCUUAAAUAUAUAUAUAAUAUAUAUAUACUAGCUAGCUAGUAUAAUUUAUUUUUUGUAUUGUAUUGUAUCAACAAUAGCGUUCAGUGCAUUUAAUGAUAGACAGAAAAGCUUGUUGGUUUGUUGUAUUGUAUUGUAUCCUCGAUCUAAUGUUUCAGUUAGGCUUGUUGGGUUGAUGUCGUUCACAACACUUCUGUCUGCUGCUUCUGCAUCUGCAUCUGCAUCUGCAUCUGCUUCUGCUUCUGCUACCUGCGCCAUCGUUACACAUUUGCGCUUUGCAGAUCAGCAGGACCAGAAGCAGUCACCUUCUUGUCUUGAUCGCCACUGCUCACAAACAUGUUUAACAACUGUGUGGAUCCUUUUUUAAAGAGUCCACAAAAAACACACAUAGAUGCACCUAUCUCUCUAAUAAGCUUGCGUCGUACGAGCUUCUUGCGUUUUGGUGGUGCACAACUUCUCCAAACCAUCCUUCGAUAGCCCUUCCACCGACAAGAGCUCUGCAAAGAGUGCCGUAUAACUCCAACCCUUCGGUAUUGUCAAUAUCCACCAACUCAUCUUGAAACUGAUAGAAAAUAUAUAUAAAACAUUUAGUAUUAAAUGAGAUAAAAGUUUAAUUAAGAGAGAAAGACACAAGGAGAUUUAAUUUCUUUUGAGAAAUGAAGGGAGUUUUGUCUCUAUAAUAUAUAUCCACCUUAUGAUAUUCUGUAAAGCAUGCAUGUUGUAUAGUGCAGACAAUUGGAAUUGCACAUAUAUACAACCAUGAUUAAGAGAAUAAUUGGACUCAUCAACUGAGAUUCAAAGAGAAUAGUAGGCUUUUGUUAGUUUAGGUUGUUAUUGUUUUGGCCCAAUUAACCCAAGGUUAAGUGCAUGGAAUAUAGGUCAUAUCAUGUAGACCGUAUGUGGUACAUUCAUUUUAAUCACGUCCAUCUGCUUUUCA